CGGAAAUGUUCGCCUAAAAGAUCCGGUUUAAAGAGUCGACUCGUUCGCGAGCGACACAAAGAACAGACAAUAUGGCGGACAGGCUAACGCAGCUCCAGGAUGCAGUCAACUCCUUGGCCGAUCAGUUCUGUAACGCCAUCGGAGUGCUGCAGCAGUGCGCCCCGCCCGCUUCCUUCAGCAACAUCCAGACCGUCAUCAACAAGGAUCAGCCGUCAAACCCCACGGAAGAGUACGCACAGCUUUUCGCGGCACUGAUUGCAAGAACGGCUAAAGAUGUCGAUGUCUUGAUUGACUCUCUGCCCAGCGAAGAAUCCACUGCUGCUCUACAGGCCGCUAGUCUGAGGCAGCUAGAGGAGGAGAACCAUGAAGCAGCGGCUCGGCUGGAAGAGGUGGUGUACAGAGGAGAUUUACUGCUGGAGAAGAUACAGAGCGCUCUGGCCGAUAUUGCACAAUCGCAGCUACGCACACGCAGUGGUACGUCCAGCCAACCUGCGGCCCCUGAACCCUGACCUCCAGCAU